AUGUCUUUCCGCGGCCCCAUGAAGCGCUCGCACCUGAGGCAGGUCAGCGCGGCCAGUCUAGAGACUCUGUCCAGCUCCCGAUCUGUGGAGUCUCCGCGGCAGGGCAGUACCCACGAUCUCCAUUCGCCGGCGGAAGAGAAGUUCAUCCCACCGGGCUCGGUUCCCCUGGACAGACGCCAAUGCACGCUGUGGGUUCACGAUGAGACGUUUUCCCGGGAAGAGAUCCUGUUCAACCAGACUGCGUUUAGCGGCACUGGUGUGAAGACGGGGGAUAUCAUUGAGAUUCUGCCCGCGCGGUCGUCGACUAGUGAAGGGGCGCAUCCGGAUUUGGGGACUAGGUCGCUGCGUGAUGGACAUGUUGAUUCUAGCUCGACGCUGCAUUCGGAUAUGACGUCUAGGUCUAAGUUUAAGACACCGUUGCAGAAUCGUUGUCUGUUCGUGGUUAAACCGCUGCCGCAGGAGAUCAAGACGAGGAAUCCUAAGCUGGAGAUUUCGAUUACUAGUAGUAUCGCCAAUAUCUUUGGGUUGAAGAAUCGGAAUCAGGUGCUUUUAUCUGUUGUCGACCGUGGGCAGUGCUCUGCGUCUCAUGUGGAUAUCUCGUUCCGGGAUCAGUUCAUGGUUCGUUCUGAUAUGUGGAGAUUGGUUAUGUCUGAGCUGGCGGGAAAAGUGAUCUUCAAGGGUCAAAAGAUCUCGUUCAUGGGAAGUAUCAAGGCGACAGUUAAGAAUAUCUUCAUCCGGGGGAAGAAGGUGCUUUCGGGUUACUUUUCGCCGCAUACCAUUCCAGUGUUUCGCAGUGAAGCUGCAAAGUAUGUGUUGUUCAUCCAAAUGUCCAGGGAGAUGUGGGAUUUUGAUUCUGAAGGGACCGGAGACAUCCUCUUCAGCAGAGUCAUCAACGGCUUUUUGCCAGAGCUGUUCAAGCGGUGGGCUAGCUCUGAAGCCAGACAUCUUGUGACAAUCGUGCUGUUUACACGGGUGGAAUACGACGUAUCAGCUGGUGGAGGCGUUUUCUCAACGCUCAGCUCUGAGAAUUUCAGAAGCGUCUCCGGUCCGAAUCAUGUUCCCACCAGAGACUUCUAUCGAGUAGUAGUAAACGACAUGUCAAGCGGUCAUUGGACUACCAUCUUGGAUGAGUUGAAACGGGACUUCAGGACAUUCCUAAGGGACGUUUCGAUACUCAAGGCAGAUGAUACAGAGACACCGACAAAAAACGACGCGCCACCAAAAGCACCCACAGCAACUGUUGCAGGACGACCAAGUACUGCACUUCGUGGGAAUAUCCUGGAAGCAAUUCACCUUGCCUCAGCACAUCUGGCAUACGACCAUAUUGACCGUGACAUGGUUCAUACUGGAACGUCAAUCAUUGUCAUCACGCCGGGAAGUGGUGUCUUUGAGGUUUCCUACGAGUCUCUGGCUUCCACCACGGAGGCUCUGACAAAUCGUGGUAUUGCGAUUGACUUGGUUUGUCUCAGCCCGAUGCCGCUCCACUCAGUACCCUUGUUCAAAUACAAGGAACCAGCGCCAAGGCCCCAGAGCUCCGCUUUGGGUGAUAUCAAUGAGGGUGGGUACUCCCCUGAAAGACGCGAGUCAUUCGUCAACUUUGCCAACCGUACACCCAAUAUCUCUCCCAGAUCUACCUUCCCUGGGUCCUUAUUGGCAAUGAAUGCUAGAAAUCAGAGCUCGCCUAAUUCAGAAUGGAGCUAUGGUAUCCCGCAUUGGCUUGACAUCUCAUAUUGGAACCCUGAUACGUACAGAGAGUCGCGGCGGAUCUUGAAAAAUGACCCCAAUGCUCCAAUCCCAUAUACCGUCACUAAGCGGUCCAAGGUUUUUGUCCCGCGAGUCCGGAUGUACGAAAUCCAGAUGAUGGGUGUCAUGGAGAGUGAGCAGUCGAACAUCUCGAUUCCAUAUCUUCUUGAAGGCCAAGGUGUUUCCAGAGGACAGACUGCUGGUUUUGGCUCAGGCCCAGCUAGCUUAGCCGCACCCGGCAGGUCUCGACAUCAGCUAAGUGACAGCCUUCGGCCGGAACCGUAUCGUCAGAACAUGGCGAAUCCAAAAGGCCCGACACCUGGUGGAUCGAAAAGAAGGACGCAAAAGUCGGUGCUUUCAUGGAUGGACCAGUAUGAUGAUAACAUCUUCCAGGCGUUUCCUAAACCUCAGCGAAAGCAUACCAGGCCGAGGAAGAGAUUUAGUGAGCCUGAGGUCCAAGCAUCUGGUCUUCAUGAGAGACUCUCUGCAAGGUCUGUAACGCGGUUAAGAGAGCACGAGAUACAAUCUGAGCGCGACCAUUCUCCGCACUCGUUCCCGCGGAAGAUCGAACCAACGGGACUCGCAACACCUGUUAGCCCUGUGUCGACUAAAAAUGUUUCUCCCAAGAAACCGUCUCUGAAGCCUCUGUCCACGGCUAGGACGUCAAAAAUAUCGCGUACGAUCAGCUUUGCUCUGCGGGGGUUAGGUGCUACGCCGCCAAGAGCUCAGGCAAGCACGGAGGUCAAUGUCGAACAUGCCAAAGCUCUGCCCAUGUUUAAUCAGAAGCCACCAGUGACAACAUCUGCGGAUUGGAGGAAUGCGGACUCCCGAAGCUCAUCAGACGCAGGAUCAGUAUCGACAUCCGGAUCGACAGCCACCGCCGAAGCACAACCUCCUACGCCCCAGAGGCCUGUUCGAAACACAGCUAUUACGCCAUCCAGGCCGAUAUCCAUCAAAGUUCCUCCCAAGAAGCCGUCCGGGGACGGGGAGCAAGCGGACCGCUCGGAAUCAUUGUCGUCCACGGUCACUGAGAUCCCUCUGCAUGACGCCCGUCACGAGCGACAGGCGAGGAAGUUGGGCCCUAGAUUCGAGAUGACAAUGCGUGACUACUCCGCCAAGAGCCCACCAGGUAAGGCGUUGGCUCACUGGGUGCGAUCAAUCAACCCUUGCAAUACACCAAGGGAGGUACUGCGUGACACCACAUGGUUUGGUCGCUGGCAGCAUGCAUAUCCGAGACCCCCGCAUGUUGCAGUGGUCAAGUGGAAGAGUUUGAAAUCUCCUGCCAUUUUACCUCUGACGACGGAGGAGUUUCCAACGCUUAAUGAGCUAAGCUCUGAUUACCUGCAGACACCGUACCGCGUUUUUCCUAAUGAUGACGCAGAGGGGUUUGAAGCGCCCAAGACUCGAGGAAUCCUUAUGCGGGAACUGAUUUCAUUGCGUCUUUCUCACGGCUUCCAGAUCGUUGUCGGAAAAAAUGUCGCUGAAGCUUCUGGACAGUAUGCACUGGAGUCACUGAACGUUUUUGAUACCAGCAACUUGGAACGAGAUGGCACUUAUAUCUUUCUCUCGAAGGGAAACACCAUCCACCGUCUUAUCUGCGUGGACAGCCUGGAAAUAGAAGUGACCCGCUUCACGCACCAGAACUCCUCGGCCUUAAAUCGUUAUAGAAAAGGUGGCCGUAUUCCUUACUCGCCGGCCAUACGGACGAUUCUGAACUCAGAAUAUGAAGUCAAGAAUCUUGAGCUUGACUCGACGGUGGAAGAGUAUAACUGGAACUACGCUGAUAACUACAUUGCGGGUCAUCGGGACUAUCUGUUCAAUCCAGCUCAGCAGCUCCAUUUCUGGCGAGUUCGUUAUGUCUUGAUUCCAAUGCGCUUACAGGUUACUUCUCGACGCCAUCUGCAGUCUUUCAAUGAGGACAAUGAAGAAGAAAUCCAUCUACUCGGAAUCAGCCAGUUAACGCAUAUCUGGCAGCGGCAUAAAUACGUCCCACCUGAGAAUCGAUUUGAGAGCUCCAAUAAGAAACAUGUCCAGAAUCCUCUCAACAUUAUGUACCAAACGGCGAACCCAUCGGAAGUGGUCGCGGCAGAAUUGGACCGGAUUAUACUCACAGAUCCUGGUCAUGAUAACCCACCAGCGCAGUUACUGCCGGAGCUUCUUGAACGCUCAAACAUCACCCUCUCCUCGUUGGCGCAGAUCAUCCAGGAGGACAAGGGAGUGCGCAUGAUGGACCGACGAUGGCACUGGCGACUGCAUUACAACUGCUUUAUUGGCUUCGAGUUCACAACGUGGCUUUUCCAAAAUUUCGAUGAUAUCCAUAGCCGCGAGGAAGCGGUGGAGUUUGGCAAUGAGUUGAUGCAGGCUGGUCUCUUCCAGCAUGUGGAGAAAAGACAUAAUUUCCGAGACGGCAACUACUUCUACCAAAUCUCCAGUGAAUACCGUGUAUCGCGGCCUGAGUCGAGGGGCAGUUGGUUCCCGCAGAUACGACCGGAUAAGUCAGCUCCUACGACUCCAGCUACGGAGCAGUUCAAGGACUCCCCUGCAAGCACAAAUACACAUUCCCGGACCGGCAGUCUCGAGGAAAGCACCAACUCAAGCCAACCUCCGAAUACACCAUCAAAGUCGAAGAACAAGGCUGCGAUCAUGUUGUCAAAGACAAUGAAAUACGACGUUGAUCCCAGGAAACGCUCGAACCGAACAGAAGUUAUCGACCUGCACUACGACCGUCUCCACAACCCCGAGAACUGCUUCCACAUCGAACUCACCUGGAUGAACACAACGCCCAAACUAAUCGAAGACACGGUGAUGUCCUGGGCCACAACCGCCGACAAGUUCGGCCUCAAACUAGUCCAAGUACCCAUCGGUGAAGCCACAUCAAUCUCAGAAACACAACCCUUCCGCAAACCAUACCGCAUCCGCCUCAAACUCCCACCACCACCAAAAGCACCGGCACCCACAAUCUUCAACCAAAACAACAACAACGCCGCCUCCUUUACACAAUCCUCAGACUCCGCCCCCACAACAACUACAAACGACCACCUCUAUUUCCAAAAAGCACUCCUCCGCAAAUUUGACUUCGUCCUAGACUUCGAACCCCGCUCCGCAUUCCCCCAGGACGUCGAGGUGUCCUAUUCCUGGGGAACACCGGACUACCAGUAUCCGCAGUACAUCCACCGCUCAGGAAGCAUUCUCGCCCAAAUCACUGACGAAGGCGACUUCCUCCUCCUCGCCAACCGCCUUGUCAGCACCCGCAGCCCCGUCUCUACAACCUCCCGCUCCGCUGAACGCCGCAACGCAGCGCCCGAACACCCCGUCGACCGCAUCUCCCCGCGCCUAUCACCCCUAAUACGCCCAAUCCACGAUUCUCCCAUGUCCCCGCAACUCUCAAUGCACCCUCACCCUCAUCCUCACCCUCCCCAUCCACAUCAACACCUCCACCCCCACAACCAACAACACCAACACCAACCCACGAACCCCCCCAUAAUCGACACAGCCAACCUCUACCGCGCCCCCGAACACAUCCUCUCCAGCCUCGCCGACUUCUGCGCCGACGCCCACAGACUAGAAUCCUUCUAUGCAGAGUCCAUGCACAUAACCACGCGCCCUGCAUCAACAAGCGCGGGACCCGCAGCCCUAAACACGUCCUCGUCAUCGCUUAUGGACGCGUCCAUUCCGUCGCUCGAGUUGCCGGCUAGUGUUGUUAGUCACCACAUUGCUGCGUCGCAUUCGGGCGGGUUGAAUCCGCCGGCACCGGUUAGGGUUGCGUCGGAUGGGAUUGUUUCGACCGUUGGGGCUGCUGGUGGUAGUACCAGUGGUGGUGGUGUUACGAGGCCGAGGAGGGAUAGUAAGAGUUAUAAGGGAAGUCCAAGGAGCGGGGGGUUGAGGCCUUUGCGGUUGAGUUGA